AUGGCGGCAAAAGUCAAGAAGGAGAAGAUGAGAGCGAAGAAGAUCCAGGUCUUCGUCGUCGUGCCGAGGCAGCACUACAAACCGGUCACCCUAGUCGCCCUAGAAGUCUCAACCGACGACACCGUGGCGAGUGUCAAGGGCAGGCUCCACGACAUGGAGGGCAUCACGCCGAAACGGCAGCACCUCGUGUAUGGCGACUCGGCCCUGCCGGAUGGCGACGUAACAACCCUGGCCGACCACGGCGUCGGGGACUCGUCGACAAUGCAGCUAGUGGAGACGAAGAUGCAAGUAUUCGUGCGCGCGCACCGCACCCUCGUAUUCAACGGCCUCGAGAGCAGCGACACAGUGGAGAGCUUCCGCGCCAAGUUCGAGGAGCGGGAGGGAUGCCCGCCGGAGCAGCAGUGGCUCAGCUAUUGCAGCAUGCCGCUGAAGGACGGCCACAUGCUGGCCGACUUCGGUGUCCGGGACUCCUCGACGCUAGAAUUCCUCCUACGAUGGGCUGUGGCCUUGCGCGCCCAAGGUAUUGUUAGAAGUGUAAAUGCAUCUCCAACACGGGGUGCUUGA